GUGUACAUAGUCGAUCAAAUAAAGCUGAGAAAAGAAGAAAGCAAGCUGUUCUGAACCACUUCGACUUCCUGCGUAAGUGAAGCAAGCAAAAAAGUCUGCACAGCUGGCAUCGUCACCAUGUCCGCCUCCCCUUCCGCAUUGCAAUCGACCAAGCGUCCGUUGGAGGAUCCCUCCUCGCCGUCCGGUCCCAAUGACCAGCCGGAAGCCAAGCGUCCUGCGUUGGACAAAGUAGUAAAGGGCGACGAGUCCGAGGCGUAUGCCGAUGUGAAGACGGAUGCGCCGGCUGCGACGGCUGAUGGUCAGGGCGACACUGUUGUCCCGGAUGCUCCCAGCUCCAAGGGCGUGCACGUGGAGACACAGCCCAUCCAGUCGACAGCUUCGCACGGCGAGUCGGCGAAUCAAUCCGACCAACACCGUCCCCAGGAUGAGUCUAGCUGGAUUCACAUUCGAGCUGUAAUCUCUAGCCAGGAGGCUGCCACCGUGAUCGGUAAAGGUGGGGAGAACGUAUCCCAGAUCCGUCGUCUGUCCGGCGCCAAGUGCACCGUCAGCGACUACUCUCGGGGUGCCGUCGAGCGUAUCUUGACCGUCAGCGGCCCUCAGGAUGCUGCGGCGAAGGCCUUCGGUCUGAUUAUUCGUACCCUGAACAACGAACCCCUUGAUGCCCCUUCCACUGCCCAAUCCAAGACAUACCCCUUGCGUUUGUUGAUCCCCCAUAUCCUCAUUGGUUCGAUCAUUGGCAAGGGUGGAAGCCGCAUCCGCGAGAUCCAGGAGGCCUCUGGUGCGCGCCUCAACGCUUCCGAUGCCUGCCUGCCCCUGUCUACUGAGCGGUCCCUUGUAAUUCUUGGCGUUGCCGACGCUGUGCACAUUGCUACCUACUAUGUUGCAGUGACUCUUGUUGAGCAGCUGACUGAGCGCUUUGGCGGACCCGCGGCCUCGGCAUAUGCCACCCGGAGCGGCGGUCCAGCCGGUGCUGUGCCAGGAGGCAUGCAGGUUGUGCCGUACGUGCCUCAGCCGGCCGGUGGUCAGUACGGCCACCCCGACACCUUCAAGCGUCACCACCCUCACCCCAACCGGGGCGCGGCCGGCGGCUAUGGCGUUCCCUACCUCCAGGGCGGCCCGGCCGCUCCCACCCCUGUAGCCCAACCCUCGAUGCACUAUGGUACCACUCCUCACACCCCGUACGCUGGCGCUGGCCCGCACCAGCCCGCGCCCUACGGUGCGCCACAGGCGGCUGCUGCUCAGGCUCGGGGUGGCCCGACGCCUGCCGCGCCCGUCGGUGGUGUCAUGCCCGGUCAGCCGCUGACACAGCAGAUCUACAUCCCCAACGAUAUGGUUGGCGCCAUCAUCGGAAAGGGUGGUGCGAAAAUCAACGAGAUCCGGCACCUGAGUGGGAGUGUGAUCAAGAUCAACGAGCCCCAGGAGAACAGCAACGAACGGUUGGUGACUAUUACCGGCACACAGGAGUGCAAUCAGAUGGCACUGUACAUGCUGUACUCAAGACUGGAAAGCGAAAAGCAUCGUAUCUAAGGAGCGAGUGCAUUCGUUCCGUCGAUGUCACCACCGCAUAUUGGUUUGCGCUUUGCUGUUACCACUGUGGACUUAAAAUCUCGGUCUAUUCGGUGGCUCUGAUGGUUGGUUUGGGUUUCGGGGUAUAUGCGUGU